AUGGGCAAAAAGGUUAGUAAACGAUCAACAUCAUAUUAUGCUGUUAUAAGAACAUUACUUAGUGGAGAGCGCGUUGUUCAAUGGGUGAUUCUUGGUACAACGUUUUUUCUCGCAGCUAAUAAGCUCAUUAAAACAAAUGAUGAUAUCGCCUUAUUUGUUACUCUAUUGGGCACAGCGGUGGCUUUUGGUGUAGGAAAUGCGGUUUGGUACAGACCCGGUGGUUCUCAGAUUAUUAAGACUUUACCCUCGUUCAACACUGUGUAUUUGCUAUUUCUACCAUUUAUGUUGAGCUUACUUUUCAACAGGGAUUUGGUGCUGGUCAAUUGUGCUAUGGCACUGAAUAUAUCUUUGAUACCGGUGUUUAUUCGUCUUCCAAUACAGUUCGCGAUAUUGUUGUUUAAUUAUGGGUACCACGACGAUGCCCUGAGGAACUUGGUAGCAUUGUUUAUCAACAGCUUUGCAUGCUUUAUGUUGGAGCAUAUUUCUGAGUUGAAAUCUUUAGAUGAAACGGAAUGCAAUUUGUUUUCGAUCUUGUUAACCAACGUGAUUUUCCUAAUUCAUUCCGAUUCACGUCCAUUCCUCAUUCUGAAGACGUGUAUGUUGGCGUUCCUUGCGGGAGUCCUGGUGAAUUACUCUGUAUUAACACUCUGUCGUCCCAUUCACCCUAUGUUUAGGACCCUAACGUUGCUUACCAUGUUUGCUAUAGUUUAUACGGGAUUCAUAUUAAAGUUCCUGCAUAUUGACAAAGUUAAUAACGGAAAUGCUUUGAUUUGGUUGUUGCGUUUUAUUUGGCAGAGUAAGACUCGCAUGACAAUUUUAUCGUGCUGGAUAGCUUCCUUAUUUCUAUUGUUUCCGAAUGUAUUUUUCUUCAAGUCUAAAAUGUCCUUGAAUAUGUCUAGGAAGAUUUGGCACUUUCUACUUCUACCAUUAGUAGUACCUUCAAUGCUAAUAGAACCUGAGUUCACAUCCAUUGCGUUAGCUGGUAUUAUGACAACUUUUUUUGUCGUUGAGUAUUUCCGUUACAUGGAAUUGGCGCCGUUAGGAACAUUCAUCAAUUCACAAUUUUAUCAUUUUGCAGAUUACAGAGAUCUUAAGGGUCCACUUAUUGUAUCCUACAUAUACUUGAUGCUAGGAGUGUCGUUUCCGCUAUUAGUAAAUCAAUCAUUGGUCGGAAUAAUAAGUUUAGGAGUUGGUGAUUCACUUGCUUCCAUUGUUGGCAAGAACUAUGGCAGAAAUCGCUGGCCUGGUACGAGAAAAACAAUAGAAGGUACUGUUGCAUUCGUAUUUUCUACUGCGAUGUUUGCGCUCGUAGCUCAGCGCUAUUUUGGAGCCUUUAAGGGUCUCUCUGAUGGCAGAAUCAUAUUGGCAUGCGUUCUAUCAGGAGUUUUGGAAGGUAAUUCCACAUUAAAUGAUAAUUUACUAAUCCCCGCGUUUAUGAUGAUUAUAAUGGAAUUAUUUAAAUACUGA